AUGGCUGCUGGUAAUGUUGCUGUCCCUCAGUCCUUGCGACCUAUAGCUCACUAUGUGAAUAUUGCAAAAGAAAAUUUGGCUCGAGACCCUGUUAUACACUACUGGUGCUUGUACUAUGCGGUUCAGACGGGGAUGACUGUUGACAAAAAGUCGAAGGACGCUAUCAAUUAUCUGACAUCAUUGUUGUCAACUUUGGAAAGGAUAAAGAAAGAGUUGUCUGGCAAUGAGGCUAUAUCGGAGGAAGUCGUCGCACAGGCACACAUUGAAAACUAUGCUAUGAAGCUUUUCGAAUAUGCUGAUAAAAAUGAUCGGCAGUCAAACUUCUCGAAAGGUGUUAUAAAGGCAUUUUACACUGCUGGAUAUUUAAUCGAUGUAUUGUCUGUAUUUGGUGAGCUAGAUGAACAUCUUGUUACUACACGUAAAUACGCUAAAUGGAAGGUAGAUGAUCUCUUCGCUGUUGUACAUUUUAAUAUGAUGAAUUUUAAGCUUAUUUUUGCGGGCCAGAAACCCAUUGACGGUAAUCAGAAAGAUGCUCGUGAUACCGAAGUUAUUGAACCUGUGAACCCAGGAUCGAGCACAGUUGCGGAACCACACCCACCCGACAAACCAACUGCAGCUCCGCGAGUAAUACCAGCUGUUCCCGUACAACCUUCAGUUCCUAUUCAACCUUUGGUUCCCACUAAUUCUACUUCUUCACAACCUUCUGCAGUUCCCAUACAGAGUAUUUUAGAGGCUCAGAAGCAUGCAAAAUAUGCCGUUAGCGCCUUAUCUUAUGAAGAUGUGAAAACUGCUGUAGAAAACUUGGAAAAAGCUUUAAGUUUUCUAAAAAACAGUUAG